AUGUCAACCCAGGCGGACGCGAACAAACCUGCGACCGAGGCAGGCGCAGAGUCGCCGACAACGGCGCGACCCCUCGAAAUGGACGACGACGAUGUUCAGGAUACCGGUGUCGUUGCCGGCGACGACGUGCCGGGUACCGGCUCCGGCGCGGACCCCAAGGUGACGACGACGUCCACGACGACGCCGCUCCCCGCUACCGUCACAGAUGCCCCGGAAGCUGCGUCUGAUGAAGCGCCCCCUCCGAAGCCCCCUCGUCCUUUGACGGAGGCGCAGAAGAACGAGAUGAUUCUCAAGGAGGCGUUCCCGUCCGUGGACAACUCGGUCAUCAAGGCAGUCCUACGAGCCAGUAGCGGACGAGUCGAACCGGCGUUCAAUGCUCUGCUGGAAAUGACCGACCCAGACGCGGCCAAGAACGAGCCCGAAGACGUUCCGCCGCCCCAACCCCGACGACCUCAGGGGCACACACCGAUGUCGCAAGUCGAGGCAGACGAGCUCUACGCACGGCAGCUAGCCGAGCACUACGACAACGUAGGCGCAUACGAGGCGAGAACUUCGAACCGUUCUCGUGGCCAGCACAACUUGGACGAUGACGAUCGCGAGCAUAGCUUCAUCGACGACGACCUGCCCGUCAUUCGCGAGAACCUGCGCAAGGGCUUUAUCGAGACUCAGACCAAGGUCAAUGGAUGGAUCACGAACCUCAGGAAGAAGAUUGAGGACGGAUUCGACGAGACUGAGGAGAAUACGCAGCGACAGGGCUCGCCGUUCCGGCGUCCAGGCGAGGCCAGCCGCAGAAGCGGCGACUACGACAGAUACGAUGCCGACCCGCAGGUUCUGAGUGAUGACUUUGCAGGUAUGAAGUUUUCUGCCGACGGAACGCCGGCCAACCGCACCUUUAACCCGACGCUGCACCGCCCUCCGCCUCCCUCCUCGUCUCCCAGGCCCAGCGACGGACGCCGCGUGGGCUUCAAGGAGGAGACCGAGGAGAUCAACAUGUACGACACGUCGCCCAGGGUGCCGCCCAAGGACACGCCGUCGUCCGCCAUGAAGCCGAGCAAGUGGCAGCCGCUCUCGACGGUCGAGCCGGCUCCCAUGGCGGACAAUGACCCCUUCAGCCUGGGAGAUAGCGAGGACGAGAAGGAUGCGAAGGACGCCAAGGAGAAGCCCAAGGAUGCCAAGGCAGACGAGAGCGAGAGGUUGAAGAAGGCGGCGGCGGAGGCCAUGGCAGACAGCCUCGUAGACCCGGCCAAAGAGGGUGACUCGGCUGCCAAGAAGAGCUGA